CCCUGGGAGGGCAGGAGGGCAGCUCUGUGAUCUUUGGGCAGAAGAGCAACUAUCAAACGUCCGUGUUUGCAUAGGUGAUGCAAGUUGGCGGGAUGUGGUUGAGGAACAGUGCGAGGGGCAUUGGGUGCUGUUGGGUGCCGGAGCUGAGCCGGGCUGUGAGCAGUGACAUGCAGAGCAAGCAGCAGCCGCGCCGGGUCUAUGUGACACGCCGGGUCCCACAGAAGGGGCUACAGGUGCUCCGAGACUCGGGCAUAUGUGACAUUAAGCAGUGGGAUUCUGAUGACCCUGUUCCUCGUUCAGAAUUGCUCAAAGGAGUUACUGGAGCACACGGACUGUAUUGUUUAUUGACUGAGAAAAUAGACAAGGAACUUUUAGAUGUUGCAGGACCUAACCUGAAAGUUAUCAGCACCAUGUCAGUGGGGUUUGAUCAUCUCGUUCUAGAAGAAAUUAAAAAAAGGGGAAUUCGCGUGGGCUACACCCCUGAUGUCCUGACCGAUGCCACAGCCGAGCUCACUGUGGCUUUGCUCUUGGCUACAUCUCGGCGAUUGAUGGAAGCUGUUGCUGAAGCCAAAAAUGGCGGCUGGGGCACAUGGAAACCCUUGUGGCUUUGUGGCUUUGGACUGUCUCACAGCACCGUGGGGAUUGUGGGGCUGGGAAGAAUAGGCUUAGCUGUUGCACAGCGAUUAAAGCCAUUUGGUGUGAAGAAAUUCCUGUACACGGAUUUUGAGCCAAAACCAGAGAUUGCUGCCGAGAUACAAGCUGAAUACGUGCCUUUGGAUAAACUGGCAGAGGAAUCUGACUUUGUGACAGUGCAUUGUGCUUUGACACCUGAGACCAAAGCCAUGUGCAACAAAAAACUUUUUUCCAAAAUGAAAAAGACAGCAGUAUUUAUCAACACGAGCAGAGGAGCAGUGGUGAACCAGGAUGACCUCUACACUGCUCUGACCACUGGUCAGAUCGCCGCAGCAGGACUGGACGUCACCGUUCCCGAGCCCUUGCCCACUGACCACCCUCUAUUUUCACUGAAAAACUGUGUCAUUCUACCACACGUUGCAAGUGCCACAAUCGCCACUCGGACCGCCAUGGCUGAGUUGACAGCCAAUAACCUCCUGGCUGGUCUCAAAGAUCAACCCAUGCCUAAAGAGCUGAUCCUGUAAUGUGCAAGGAACCAUUUAGCUGCCAGAGGUGCUUCAGUCCUAGACCUGGUCAUGCAUCUUGGACUCCCAUUGGUUGUAUAAUUAAAGUACAAUGUUGAAAGUGCAAUGUCUGUUUAGUUGUUGUGCAGAAACAAAUAUCUAAUAAAAUAACGUCAAUUAAUUUA